AUUAAAAAUGCACUAAAUGUGAGCAAAAAUAAGAAGUAGCAUUAUUUAUAUAUAAAAUCAGAUGAUUUAUUAAAAAAUGGGGCCAUACGGGAGUUGAACCCAUAUCUGAUGUACCCGAAACAUCCAUACUACCGCUAUACUAAUGGCCCUAUAAUUAUUUUAAUUUAAUGACCUAAUAAAUAUUAUUGGCAUCUCUAUUUAUCUUAUUUUUAUUGAGGUGGUUCAUCUAGAAUACCUUGAUUUACAACUAAUAUGAUUAAGUUAAAGAUAUUCUAAGAUAAAUGAAUUAAUUAGCCACCACUAACUUUUACAACAAUAGGAAAUAUUUUUCAAAUACAAGAAGAUUUCGAUUUGAUUUAUCGAAAUCUGAAAUUGACUUGAAUGAAAGUUACUGCAAUUAAUCAGAUGUGUUAAAAUUUUAUCAUCCUGAUAUUGUAUUGAAAGAUAUCUAUACAACAAGAGAAACCAACGAUUUAACUUAAGAAAUUGUUCAAACAAUAAGUUUUAUAACAAUACCUGAUGUCUCUUAAGAAAAUAAAAAAAAUAAGACUAUCCUUCCUGAAACACUUACUAUUCCUUUUAAUUAUUAUGAUUCCUAUCUAACCAGAUCAAAUACUGGAUUAUGUAUAUUUUAUAUCUAAAUAAACUAGCUGCUAUGUGUUUGUUUUAAAAGCAUAACCAUAUGAGAGGGAGAUAAUAAUUAGCAUACAAAAACGAAUUACUAAAUAAUUAUUAUUUAUAUGUUGAUAAAUUGAAAACUAUGCCUCCUGUAUGUUCAUAAAAUGUUACAUAUAUACCAAAAUCUUAUAGAUUAUGGUUAAAAGAUGAAUGUUAAUCAUUCUUUUAACUCAUUAAUACAACAGAAUACUAAUAGAAGUACAAAAAAUUUGGACCUCAAUUUAUUAGUAAAUUAGGAUUAGAAGUACAUAGAGGUGCAGGUAUUACAAUGCUUUUUGAAAAAGAAACAAAAUAAUUAAUUAAAGACUACUAAAAUGGUUAAAAUUGUGGGGAAAUUUCUAAAUACACAAUUGCUUAAAAAUAUAUUAACAAUCCUUAUUUAUUUAAUGGACAUAAAAUAGAAUUUAGAAUAUAUUUUAUAAUAGCUUCAACAUAUCCUUUAAUUGUUUAUGCUUAUGAUAGUUCAUUAAUUAGAAGAUGUGCUAUGCCAUUUAAUAAAUUUUCUUUAGAGAAAUCUUCUCAUGUUUGUAAUACAGCGAUAGUAAAAAAAAAAAUUGGAGCUGAAGAUUUAUAAGUAGAUGAACAAUUUUUUAUUAAUUGGAAAUUGGAUUAUUUACAAGAAUUGCUUUUACAAUAAAAAAAAAUAAAGAACAAAAAUUGGCUUAAUAAUUAUCUCUAUCCCAAAAUACACAAUACAAUAUAGCAUUUAAUAAUGAGCACUUAAUAAUUUUAUGAUAAGGAUAGUAAAUUAUCAGAAUUCUUUGGUGUUGAUUUUAUGCUAACGGAUGAUUUAUAAAUUUAUGUAUUAGAAGUUAAUUCAAAUCCAUAAUUAUUGAAAACUACUCCAGAUAGAAUUAAAUAAAAUACAAAAUUAGUUAAUGAUAUUAUAGAAAUAUAAAUAGCAUAUUUGAGAAGUAAAUAUGUUAGAUUGAGAUCAUUAAUAAAAAAGAUUCUUUCAAGCAAUUCAACUAUUGAAAAAUUUGAGAAAGAAUUUAAAGAAGCUUACAAGGAUAAACUUGAGCCUGAAUUCCCUAUUAGCCCAUAAAAUCUAUUUAGAAAAAUUAUUGACAAAAAUCUGAAAGAUUCAAAGGCUUAUAAUGAUCUGAUUUAAACAAAUUGUAUUUUAUGA